AACAGCUCCAUCUGUGAGUCACGGCGCAUAAUUGGGAUGCUUGCUGUUGAUUGCAAUACUGAGAAAAUUCGUAAGAGAUGGUGCUGAACGGGAUAUAUUGAGGGCCUGCUACGAACAGGUAUUGAUAUUCUAUCAAAUACUUCAUAAUGGAGUCGGGAAUAAUUCAAGAGAAAUCACCCCCUUCGCGGGGAUUAAAGCAAGUGAAGGUGGAUAAUUGGGGAUCAUUCUUUCUUCAACGAGUUCAGCAACUUUACUCCGAAGAACAAUUUCUUGAUCUUAAAAUUAGAUUUCCUACAAGCGAUAUUAUUGUACAGGCCCAUAAACUCGUAGUGGCGACGUGUACAGACUAUUUUAUGCAACUCGAGCAGCAGCAACGAGAAAAAGAUGACUUUAACGGUAUAAUUACUAUGCCUUCAGACAUGCCUUACGAGUGUGUUAAAUCUAUUAUAAGUUUUAUGUACACUGGACAACUGGAAUACUGGACGUCAGAGCAACAGCUUUAUCGUACAGCGCAAAAAAUGAAUAUGACAGUGCUGACAAAAUUGCUCGAUGCUCAAUUCAACACGAGCAAUUUACAGGCCGAGACGGCAAAGUCAUCCGCGCGACCAGCAAUAAAUGUUUCGAUCUCCACCUACAAUUUCAAACCGGUCAUUAGCUCCAUCAGCUCGAUGCCGACUUUACCUGGUCAGCCGUUACCUGGCCGAAAACUACCCAUUUGGAAGAGAAAGCUGGACGAGUCUCCAUCUAUACCUUCGAUGAAUUACGAAGUACGACCAUUCCACGGUUUAUCCUCGAUGCAUAAACCUCAGGAGACGACUCCCGGUCCAUCGAGAUUCGAUCUUCCGGAAGCGGAUGAUAUUGCACUGGGAGUGUUUUCCUCGUUCGACGAUAUUACGUAUAAUACAAAGCCUAUUGUUCAAGCAUCCGACGCAUAUAAAAAGGAAUCCUCUCGUAAACGUUCGCCAGAUAGGGACAGUAAAAAUGACACAACCGAAGACGAGGACGAUGAAAAUCAGGGAAAUGAGAAGAGUCUGAGAGACGCGAAUUCGGACGACGAUUGGAGUAUAUCCAAGAGUUUUUCGCAGAAAUCUCAAGAAGGUCAGACCAAGCGAGUGCGUUUCGAUCUGGAAGAGAAGGAAAACGUGGAGAAGCCCAAGUCGAAUCGACCGAGCACCGACGAAUCCAUCAACAAACACGCAAAGAUCAUCAGAGAAGUAUUGAAAAAGUAUCCGCAUUUAGUGAAGAACAAUAAGAAUAUUCGUUUAAAGAUCAUGCAGAAAGAGACAAAGUCCUCCGACAGCAAUGCCGCGUGCAAGACAAAAGUAUCAUACAUGGUCUUGAAGUCCGAUCAUCUGCUAUCCAACAACGGCGACGAGAACGAUUCUAAGUGCAAUGGUAGCAUCGACGGCGAGACAGGUCCCUGGAAAUGUAACAAAUGCGACUUGGACGAGGAGUACACGAAUUACUACAUGUACAGGAGACACAUGCAGGACGUGCACGAGGAGAAGUUCGAUCCGCGAGUCUGCGAGCAUUGCGGCUACAAAGCAACCAAGCGCAACAUCCUGAUGUACCAUCUUUACACCAAGCACAACGUGCCACCACCCAAGAGCAUGUGCUUCCCGAAGUGCCAGGCCUGUUCGUACGUCGCUCUCUCGGAAACCCUGCUGGUGCGUCAUCAGAUAAAUCACAAUCAUCGACCUGCCACCCGACAUCACUCUCUGCCUUCCGAGGACAUCCAAUGCGGCCAGUGCAAUCAGUCGUUCAAGAGCGUCACCGAGCUCACCACACACGAAUUGAACAGCGGACACGGAGGUAUGGCGGACGGCAAGGAGGCGAAAGGCCAUCGUUGCCCGUACUGCGGCAAGGUGUUUGUUCGCCUGACGAAUUUGCAGGUACAUUUAGACUGCGCGCACAAGGAGUUACAUAGAGACACCAGUGAGUCCGCGCAGUCUGCACCGACCAUCUCCCUAGAACCGUCAUCCGAAGCAGAGGCUCUCAGCCACGUAGCCAGCGGCAUAGCCGCUUCUCUCGGUGUCGGAGACGACACAGAUGCGACUGUGGACACGCAAGAGGAGGUAUCUGUAACGAUGAAGACGAACGAUGAGUACAUCGUGUCAGACAUGUUAGAUGACAUAACGCAUAAUAUCACCUACAACGAGCACGAACUGGAGGGUCAGCAUAUGAUUAUGCUGGUGAAUAACGAUGAAAAUUACCAGCACGUCGAGAACGAUCAUCAUCAGCAGCCGCAACAGCUGGAUAUCGCUGAUAACGAACAGAUAGUGAUGCAAGGUACGGACGACGGGAUGAUCGUGUACAUUCACGGCGCCGAGGAGGCCGAUCAUCGAUCGUACGAGAGUUAUCAGUCUGCUGAAGUUGCGCAGGAUGCUGAGGAAAUAGUCGAGGAAGUCGUCGAAGAGGUCGAGGAAGAGGUUGAGGAAGAGGUCGAGGAAGAGGUCGAGGAAGAGGUCGAGGAAGAAGUAAUGGAAGAGGAAGAGGAGGUUACUCAAGACAUGUUGGAGGAUUGUGCUGAUAAUCAGGUCGAGGAAGUGAUACAGUAUGUUGAGGAACAAACGGAGAUAGUGGAGUACGAUGAGGAGCAAAGCGAACAGAGCAACAGCAUGGACGAGGCUCAAGAGUCGGUCAUGAUCAUUGAAGAAGAGCAUGUCGAAGGAGACGAGGAUAUGGAAGAGAUGACUGAUAAGCAACGCGAGAAGAUGCAAAACUUCGCCACCGAAUGGGACGAGGAUAGCGCGGAAGCGACAGAGUCAUGAACGUCGUAUUGUAACGUUGGAUUUUAUCUUAUUUGCUUACGUAAUAUGUUAUUAACUUUUUAUCAUGGCUAUAUUCUCUAACGCUUCAAUGAAGAUUUAUUUUAUAUUUUACUCUGUGUAAUGCUUAUCGAUAGUGGUCGGUGACAGAAGGGAAAUGUUAGUGCAAAAGUCACACAGUUGACACUUUGCUAUGUGGUUCAGUGUUGAAAUGUGACAGAAUCAAUCAUCACGUUAUUAUAUUUACAAGCAACAAGUAAUAUAAUACUGAGUAUUGAAUUGUACUCUUUACGCUUGUAUAUGUGAACUCUAUCCUUGCACCGACACAUUGUAUUUUCUGAAUUACUUUAUUGAAGCAAACACUCCCAACACGAGAUGAAGUAAAGUAUAAUAUAUUUUACGAUGCAAGUUACAGAACAUAAAUCUUGACAUGUAUAGUCCUUAUUAUGAUAGUACUUGUAAAAGCUCUUAAGAUUUAGAGCCUCUAUAAAUCAAGAAAAAAUUUUUUUUAAUUAUAAGAAACGUUUAUAUCUGCUUAAAUAUAGAUCUUAUAAAAAUAUAUGUUACACUUAUUAAUUAAGGUAUAGAUUAAUUUCGUCAAGAUCCACAGUAAUAUGCAAAAUAUCGGUGACCAAUCUCCUAGCUUAAUACUGUUCUUGCAAAACGAAAAAAUAUAUAUGACGUAGUAAGGAA